AUGGCCACGAUAUACGUCCAUCCGGGUUUCAAGAAGGCGCUUCAUAAACCGGAUGCAGCGCAUACGGGGCUGAUUACUGCCAUCUAUUAUCUGGGGACGUGGACUAGUUAUAUCUUUAUUUCGCAUCCGCUUUCGGAUCGGUUGGGACGACGAUAUGCUGCUGCUACGGGGACGUUUGUGACUUGUAUUGGCGCGUCGCUUAUUGCGGGCGCAAGAGGCAAUGGAUCGUUCUCGAUGAUGAUUAUUGGGAGGAUAAUCUGUGGGAUGGGUGUUGCGGUUGUUUCUACUUCUGUUCCGCUUUAUCAGAGCGAAAUUGCUCCCGCGAAGAAACGCGGUCAUUAUGUAGUGAUGAACCAUAUCGGUCUUGUCGCUGGCCUCGCUUUUGCUUUCUGGGUUGGGUACUGGAUGAGUGCUUGGAAGACUCCUCAAGGAGCAUACUAUGGCUGGAGACUAUCAGUCAUGGUCCAGUAUAUUCCUGCGUUGAUCUUCAUAAUCGGCGUAUCAUUCUGUCCAGAGACACCGAGAUGGCUCAUCGAAAAGGGCCAAAUUGAACGUGCCCAAGCUUCGCUCGCUUAUCUUAGGGAUGCAGACCCAUUGAGUGAUAUUGUUCAGGUCGAACUUGAAUCUAUCCGAACAAAUGUUGAAGAACAUCGAAAUACCGUCGAAGAGAAAUGGACUGCCCUCUUCACUCACAAACCACUUUUCAAUCGACUCUGGCGGGCUGCUCUUCUUCAAUUUAUGGCUCAAAUGUGUGGAAAUACUGCCAUGAAAUAUUACUUGCCAUCCAUCUUUGCCUCGCUCGGUAUCGAACAUAGGUUAACUUUGUUGAUUGGUGGUAUCGAGAGUACUCUCAAGAUUGGAUGUACCAUCAUUGAGAUGUUGAUUAUUGAUAGAGUAGGAAGACGGACAACGCUGGUUGUUGGAUGUGUUGUUAUGGGCAUUGCCCUUUUGAUCAACGGCGCCUUGCCUCAAGCAUAUCCAAAGAACCAGAAUGUGGUCUCGGAUUAUGCUUGCAUCGUAUUCAUCUUCUUCUAUACUUUCGGCUACUCGAUUGGAUUUGGACCAGCAGCUUGGGUUUACGGUUCAGAGAUUUUUCCAACCAACGUUCGUGCUCGUGGUCUCAACUUUGCAGCUUCAGGAGGCUCGAUCGGAUCCAUUGUCGCAGCUCAGACCUGGCCGGUUGGCAUGCAAAAUAUCGGCUCCAAAACCUACUUUAUCUUCAUGUCUAUCAACUUUGUCUCUGCAAUAAUCAUCAUUAUGGCCUAUCCAGAAACCAAACGACGGUCGCUCGAAGACAUGGAUGCAUUAUUCGGGGACUAUCAUCCUCAAUCUCGCAUUCAGACGCACCCUCUGAAUCAUGAUGGAAGUGAUGGACCUGCAGAGCAGAUUCAUGUGAAGGGUAAGAAUGAUAAUGAUAGCAGCUAA